AUGUCACUGGAAACAAUUUCAACGAUUUCCCCCGCCACCAAUGAGCCUGUUGUCACCCGCACCGGUGUCUCAUCGGAGGAGUUGAAACAGAUCCCUGUGGCCGCCCAAGCAGCUUUCCGGUCAUUCUCACAGUCCACAACUUUGGAACAAAGGCAGCAAAUCGUGGAACGUGCUCUUGACAUCUUGGAAGAAAAGAAGGAUGAAUUGGCACGCGAGAUUACUGAGCAGAUGGGCCGGCCCAUCGCUUACACCGGUGUUGAAGUCGCGACCGCCAUCAAGCGUAGUCGUUACUUGGUCCGCAUUAGCGCCUCCGUGCUAGGCGAGCAAGGAAUUGUGGCUGGAGAGGAAGAGAAGGGAUUCAGACGGUAUAUAAAGCGUUCGCCUGUCGGUGUAGCGCUGGUUAUCUUCCCAUGGAACUACCCCUACCUCACCCUUGUCAACAGCUUGAUUCCCGCCAUCCUCGCUGGAAACGCUGUUAUUCUCAAGCCCUCCCCUCAGACUCCAACAAUCGUGGAACAAUUUGCCUCUGCUUUUGCUGCGGCUGGUCUUCCCGAAAAUGUGCUUCAAUUCUUCCACUCCGGAUCUUUUACAUUUAUCGAGACCCUGGUGCGGUCUCCGCUGGUGAACCAUAUCUGUUUCACUGGUUCCGAAGCUGGUGGCCUGGCAGUGCAAAAGGCAGCCGCCGAUCGGAUUGUGAAUGUUGGUCUAGAACUUGGUGGCAAGGAUCCGGCCUACGUAAGAGAUGAUGUUGAUCUCGCCUGGGCCGCCGAGGAAGUCGUGGAUGGCGCUAUCUUCAAUAGCGGACAGAGCUGCUGCGCAAUCGAGCGUGUCUAUGUCCACGAGAAGGUCUACGAUGGUUUCAUUGCCGAGGUGAAGAAGGUCCUGAGCAACUACCGUGUUGGCGAGCCUUCCGACCCCAAGACCCAAAUUGGACCUGUCGUCUCUAAGCGUGCAAAGGAGGCCAUUCUCGCACACAUCGAGGAUGCCGUGCAGAAGGAACUUCCCCCGAAUGGAAAUUAUGUUAAGCCUACACUGCUGACCGGCACUAAUCAUGAUAUGGCUGUGAUGAGGGAUGAAACAUUUGGGCCUAUUAUUCCUGUAAUGAAAGUCUCCGGUGAUGACGAGGCUGUUCGUUUGAUGAACGAUAGCGACUUCGGUCUCACCGCCAGUGUUUGGAGCAAGGAUGUUGCAGCGGCCGAGAAGCUGGUUGAACGUGUCGAGGCUGGUACUGUUUUCGUCAACCGAUCUGACUACCCUAGCCCUGAUCUCGCCUGGACAGGCUGGAAGAACUCUGGCCGUGGUGUUACCCUCAGUCGAUUCGGUUUUGAGCAAUUUGUCAAACUGAAAAGCCACCACAUCAAGGAUUACCCCAAAUAAACAUGUGCAUGUGAGAUGAGUUCAUUUUCUUUUCGUC